AUGAGUAACAAUCUUUUCGGAGCACUCGCAGAGAGGGCCUUGCCCCAGUUGACUAUUGACGGCAACAGAACCGGCGAAUAUCUGAAACCACUUUCACUGCGAUGUGUUGCAAACAAACCGAUAACAAGAGUAGUCUGGAACCACAGUGGUGUUUGCAGGGCGUUUUCUGCUCCCACUGCACACAUUAGUAUUGGCUGUGUAAAAUGCUGUGACAAAAGUUACUGCAACUUGGCUGUGUGCAACGAAAAUGGAACACAGUCGACGAGAGAAACAACUACAACUGCACAAACUACAACAAGUGGAGGUGCCCCACUUACAGUGACUAUUGACGGCAACAGAACCGGCGAAUAUCUGAAACCACUUUCACUGCGAUGUGUUGCAAACAAACCGAUAACAAGAGUAGUCUGGAACCACAGUGGUCGAUCAGAUGUUUAUCCAGAUGGGGUGACGGUGAAUGGUGACACGUUAAACAUUGCUGAACUUAAAAGCACGAACCAAGGGCUGUAUGAAUGUGUUGUGUUUUCCGGGCAAUCGUUUGAAAAGGCCAAUGCUACACUAUUGAUUAAAGUUGAGGCGGCCAGGGUCAUUCACAUCACUCACUCCUUGGAUAGCAACGCCCAUUUUCUCUACUUUCGAUGCGAAUACGUGGGUUACCCGCCACCAACCAUUACAUGGACCUUCCAUCAGGCACCUGGACCUGUUGUCACCAAUCCUAGCUUCAUGGCUACUACUCCAGACGGUAGAAGCGGUGUUGUGUUAAAUUACGACCCAGCACUGCAUGCGGGAACGUACACGUGUUCAGCGAACAACGUGCUUAACGCUAUGGGUCCGAGUCACAAAACUACAACUGUGAAUUAAAGGAUUAGCCUCCUGGUUCACGGUCUCGUUUUGGUUUCAAUGUUCUCAGAUAAGAAUAAAUUACAGCAAUGA